AGAAAAAAGAUACAUGUACAUCUUGGUUUGCGAUGAAUUAGGAGAAAAAAAAUGAAAAAGGCUGAGUGGAUGUCAACGUCUUGGUUUGCGAUGAUCCUGAGUAUGCCAAGAAGUUUGCUGAAGAAACAUGGGCGAAGAACAAAGAUGAAUGCAGCAUUUGAAGAGGCAGAGAAGAAAAAAGAAGAGGAGGAAUCUAAGGAUGCAGUUGAUUCUGAUGUUGAGGAUAGAGACGAUGCCGAUUAUGCUGAAGAAGAUUCUGAUUCUGAAACCAAAUCAGACGGAAGUGAAGAGACCAAGGAAGAUGUACAUGAUGAGCUGUGAGGCAAAAGCACCGUGAUGUUUUGCUGACAAUAUGGGUCCAGAGAUAGUAAGGCAAUUAAGCUCCCCAAAAUUUUUCCAUGAUCUUUUUUUAUCUUCAGCUGUAGGAUUUCUGUUUUAGUGGAGAACAAAAUUGAAGGAAGCAA